GAAAGCUAAAGUGUAGGAAGUCUUUGUCAAUUAUAAAAUAAAAAUUAAGUAAAGCAUGAAAAAAAUCCAGUGUAAUUAUUCUUAUGGCCGCUGUCAUAACUACUUAAAUUUAUACAAGUGUGAGAUAAAAGACUCUGUACUUGAUGAGGAUGAAGAUUGGUCAUUUGAUGGAAAACAUUUACAAUUUAAAACUAAUCUAGAUGUUGGUUUGUUAGUUCUUAGUGGAAAGUCAUUAACAAAAGUUCCACAAGGUCUUUUAAAAUAUUUUCCAAACAUUAUAGCUUUGGAAAUUCGAGAAUCGAGUGUGAAAAGCUUAACCAAAAGUGAUAUUGCUGAAUAUAAGAAACUUCAAAUGUUCAUAUUUGAGCUUAACCCAAUUGAGUUUCUUCCUGGAAACUUGUUUGAAGAUUUUGAUCAUUUAUUUUAUAUUUCAUUUUCAUCUUGCAAUUUGUUAACGAUUGAGCCAUUUAUUCUGGAUUUUUUUCAUAUAUUCUUCACUGGAUAUCAUUUUGUGAAAUUUUUGAAUAAUCCAAACUAUCAUAUACAGCAAACCGGGAGGACUUUUUCUGGACUCAAUGGGAUCAAAACAGAACUAUUCAGGAAAUACUACACAUUAUAUCCUCAUGUUCAGGCAUCACCGCAGCAAAUGAUUCAAAAUACUCUCACAAAUGAUUUCAAAAAUUUCUUGAAUAAUGAAAAUUUUAAAGAUUUAAAAAUAAAAAUUGACAAUCGAGAAUUUCGCGUUCACAAAUUUCUGCUUGCUGCUAGAAGUUCAGUUCUUGCUGAAAUGAUUCUUAACAAUCCAGAUGUUGAAAAUUUAAAUCUUGUUGAUAUUUCGGUGGAAACAUUUGAGCAAGUUUUACAUUUCAUUUAUAAUGAUGAGCUUCGAGAUAAAGAGGAAAUUAAUUCAUUCAGGAACCUGUUUGCAGCUGCUGGUCGAUUAAAUAUAGAAGUACUUAAAAAUAUUGCAGCUGCACAUCUUCUUGAGGAAAUUGAUUCAGAUAAAGCAAUGAGCAUAUUGAGUUUAAGCAAUAAAUACAAUCAUGAUUUGUUGAAGGAUGAAGCUUUUAAAUUUAUUGAGAAAACGAACUCUUUCAUGACAUUUAAGUCUGAAUGGGCAAAUCAACCGGAUAUGUUGAGUAAACUUAUUAAAAUUCAUAGAGAAAAAGAGGAAGUAAUUAAGAAGUUCGAAGAGGAAUAUCAAAAAUUGACCAGCAGCACUGAAAAUAUCAAAAAUUGAAAAUU